AUCUUUCAGCUUGUUGGUGGUUGGAAUUAUUUAGAUAGAUCAUUCAGUUUUUACAAAUUUUGAAUAAAAAAAGUACAAGCAAUUGUUUAACACCUUGAGCCCCGAAUUUUUCUUGCUGCGCUUCCAUUCAGCCCGCAUCAAGAGAAGAAGAAAAUAAAACAAUAUAUUUAAACAUUAAGAACCGCACGUUUUGGGGCAAACUUGAACGCUUUAUUUGUUCGGAUUCCACGAAUGCGAUCGUUUGCUUCGAUGUAGAUAAGACGAAGGCGACCCAUCGGUAGGUCUUGUUAGAUUCUUGGUAAACCAAGAAUAUAACCUUUAAGUGUAGAAAACACAGGUUAUUUCGUAAUCCAUCCGUAACAGACGGAACGUGAAACACGAGAAAACUCUUCAGCAAUCCGCAAAGUGUUAACAAAAGUUGCCCCCUUUGUAUGUCCCCGAUAUUACCCAUUGGGGCCGGAAAAAGGCUUUUUUGAAAUGCCUACGGCCUCAGCUAACUCGCGUAACUCCACUUUACGAUCGUUCAAAACGAGUCGUUGCACUCGUUUUACGAUUUUUGGAUUCGUAGCCUCUUUUGGCCUUCCAGAGCGAGAUGCAUCUGCGGUGCUUCUAAAUUCACUAAACUAACGAAAAACUGUUGUUCUCGAAGGAGCAGAAGUAGAAACAAAUUUCGUCAACCACUGCGUUGAUUGUUCAAGAGUUUUUCCCAUUGAAAAACAAUGUUUGAUCAAAAUGCGAUAUUCUUCUUUUCCCGUUUUCUAUACAAAUGCUCAAGUAGUGACACUUAAACAACUGUAGUUUGUGAACAAAUAAACGAAUUUCGCGAAACUUCACACAUAAGCUAAAAUCCCGGGACUUUUCGUAUUUGAAAUAGAAAAUAUAAUUUUCUUUCAUAAUUUUUACUUUUAAGUGUGUUUAUUCAACCCAUUGCCACCAACGGAGCACAAUACUAUAUGCUUCAAUGCGAAUUUCAAUUGAACCAACAACACCUAAUAGGAUAUGUAUAACAUAUGGAAAAUCACUUUGACAUAUUUGACCCGAAUCGGCCAAUCCUAAAGAUCUCACACAACAUUUUGAAUUUACCCAAAAAAAAAUUAUAAUUUUUCCCCAACCUAAUAUUUAUCCUUCAUGUCAUUAGAGCUGGGAUUUUUUGUCGCAAAACAAGUUGUUUCAAUAAUUCGAAUAAGUUUUAUUCUCAUUUAAAACAUUAAACAGAAAAAAGAAGUGUGCACAAAUUUACUUAAUCAUAAUGCUUUUCUCCAUAACGAUUUUCCGCACCUUUCACAAACUACGCAUAAGCACGCAAGAUCGAUAGUGUGUGAACGUGAACAAGGGUAUCCCUUGGAAGCAUCUUGAAGAGCAAACCGGACAUAUCACAAUUGUAAACUUGAUGUAGUGUCAGCUGUUUUUCCUUCACUCUAGAGAAAAAGCUCAACUUAAAGUCUUCCUCUGCCUCUGCCUCUGCUGAAAGUCUACAAAGGUUUACUUUUCGAAUAGUGAAUCUCUUCUUGAAUUUUAAACAUCAUGUGUCUAUUUUAUUUUGAACGAAAACACAUUUUUUUUAAAUUUUCUAGCUAAUGAUGGCUUUUUGAACAUCAAGAGAGUAACAAAAAAAUCAAUGCACUUUAGCGCUCAGUUUACAGUUCUUUGCAAUGUACCUAUUCAAAAAUUAUAUUUUAUAGAAUUUGACAUUGAAAUAUUUAAGAGAAAACACAAUAUAAAUUUGUUUAAAGCAAUUAGGAGUGUUAAUGCUGGAUCUAUAACGUUUUGGGAAAAGCGUGAUAAAAUCGAAACGAUAAACGUGACACUGAAUUGAGCGUGAAUUUGGCGAACAGUGAUUUAACGACCAGUAACAAAAUCGAAGCAACACUGUAUUACUUUUUUUUUCACGUAGAACAUUUUAAAUGUUCUAAAACUGAAACCGAAAGAGGAUUUCGAACUGGAACACGUUUCUUAUUUACUCGAGAAAGCUACCAGGUUUAUUUCUAUAUUCAUUGAAAUAUAAUAAGAGGUUCAGAAGGCAAAAAUAAUCACUUCAACAAUACGUAUCUCUAUUCGUUAGUUUAUUAUCUUCCCCCUCAGAAACAAUGUAUGUAAUAAAAACCACUCAGCAGCGUAUCGCAGACCAAAAUGGAAUACCCGAAGAACAUGUUGACUUCAUUAUUGAACAAUUGGAAUACCGUAAAAUCUAUGCACGAUGGAUACCACACCUUCUGACAGACAAGAAUCGACGAGUGUCGAUUGGAGAGCUGUGGACAAUUUUUUAAGCGCCACUGUGACGAAGGAGACACAACCGGCCGCGAAAAAGAACAUUCGACUGUGUUUCGGGAUUCUCGUCGAUGAAGUGCCAGAUUAUCUGGAACCAGGGGUGAAUGGUAAUUUUCGGUCAGUAUAUAGAGGCUUUGAAACACCUCUGACGUCGAGUUUGUCGUGUUAAAGGAACCCUGGCGCCAGUAAUCUUGCAACACGACAGCGCUCAUCCACACACUUUGCGUACAACUGAAGAGGCUACUGAAGUUUGAACCAAUUCCAUACCCUCCGCAUUCUACAUACCUUUCACAUUGCUUUUUCUUCCUCUACUCAAGAGAGGCCUUAAGGGUAACUAAUGGUGAUAUCGCGCCCUGGGUCGAAGACUCCCAGACUGUAGCUCUUCAUCUGAAGUUUAGUGUUGAAAUAAGUCUUGUAGUGCAUAAGAAGUUUGUCGAAAAUAAGCUGUAAACACAUUUUUAAUCCUCAAAACCCUUUUUUAUUGAUCAAUCAAACAAGGAGAUCGUUCGGCUAUGUUUUAUGAACACUCUUCUUACAGUGUGUGAAAAAUGAAUUUUGGAAAUAUGCUCUGAUCUUCGACUUACCGUCUUUCAUUGGGGUUUGUACAGUAGAUCGAUCUUUCUGUCCAAUUUUUUCCACCUCAAUUGACUUCUUAUGGUCACUUACAUCCUCAGCAGUGGUGCAAAAUUCGAUGAUACACCCUCCGGGCUCUGGUUUUCGCUCGUGGUUUUUGUUCAGCACUUUGUUUUGAUAGUUUUUGCUCCUUCUAUGGUUUCAGGUUGUUCCGGUUUUUAAUCCGGUGCACCAUUCCGACCGUCGUCCCAGCUUUUUUCACCAAAUCACGUAUUGAAAUCGAUUUAUUCCGAAUGAUGAUCACUUUCCGGUUCAGAUUAUCUUCCUCUUUUCUGAUAAAUCAUCGAAUGAACACUUGCCGAAUGAAUACCGAACCGUUUUGCCACUUUAUUCAUUGUAAUAUCCUUCUAUAGCAUCCAUGUGUCCAAGACUUGUACUUUAGUCUUCUUUUUGAUACGCGACAUUUCGGAAGGAAUGAAAAACCCACGCGUAAACAAACCCUCGGUGGAUUCUUGACAGAUCAAGAUACUAAACACAGGUGAGCACAACUGCCUUCGCUUGCACUUAAAAUGUUUAUAGCUUAUUUUCGAUACACCCUUUAGUGCCAAACUAAGCUGUUCUCCUUGGUGCUUACUCGGUCUUGGUCUUCGUUGUUACCAUCAGUUUUGAGUUUGAUGAUUUCUAUAGCAUUUUCUUUCUCGAGGCUUGGGUUUUUGUUUUUAUUCCAAUCCAGUUCCAUGUCAUUAGGUGCCCAUUCCGGGCAUUCCGGCUUUACCAGGGUGGGAGUAAGAGGUAACAAAAUAUAACAUAAAAGAAGCAUGAUUUCCCAUAGCAAAACAAAGUAAACAACAAAUUUAACGAGAAAGUCUUCUACAGAGUCACAGGAAGAUUCAAGAAGGAAAGAACUCUGCUGCUGCGUUGCGCAGCAGAGUUCCGUAAUUCUCAUUAGUGGGUAUCUUUGUGCAAACAACAAUAAACGAUAGAUUGAAAAUAUCGUUCCUAGCGAACAUUACUGUGUGUAAAAUAUAUUGGUUAAAUCUAAGAGAGUUAGUCAUUCCACCGGAGCGAUAGUAAUGCAAUGAUUUGCUUUAAUUCAGAGCAACUGUAGCCGAUUUUAUUGUCGCCUAGAAAAAAAAAAUGAUUAGGGUAGUGAAAAUUUUUCGAUGCAAUGUAGAAUUGAUGUGUAAACUGUUUAUAAUCGCGAGAGAUUAGAUGAUUUUAGGGAACCUACUACGAUUAUCCACCAAAACCAAAAUCCCACCCAACUGAGUCUGCCGGAAUAGAUAAUCAUUUACCCGUAACCAGUCAGAGGAAAUAUUGCGCUAGAGACGAGUAAUGCAAGAAAGAAAGCUUAAUUCUAGAUUUUUAUAAUAUUCUUUCGAUCGGCACAACCUAUUCGGAUGAGACAAAAAGGGAACAUUCCUGUUUCGGUUACAUAUCAUAUUCGACCAAGUUGUUAUAACGGUGUUACUCCCACGGGGAUGAUCGACUCGAACAACGCUGACAAACAUACAACAAUGAUAGAGGAUUUUUGAUGCAGCUCCUACUUCCGGAAACCCAAUGAACAACCAGUUGAUAGAAUAGCGUUCAUAAACACUAACAACAAGAAUCAAAUCUGUAGAAGCGGAAGCGCUAGAGUAGAAAACAAUAACCGAUUAUAUUUGUGACGACCAUUUAGAAAGAGAGGAAUAAAUACAACUGUUACAAGACGGUCCUAUACACCAGAGAAUAAAAAUGAUAUAUAAAUUAGAAAAAAACUAAGGCUUUCGAAUAGAUGCAGGAAUACUUUUGGGGCACGGGCAAACAAUUGUGGGGAAUUAUGGAACCAACCUACCAACAAAAAAAAUAAGUAAGGAAGGGUGGCAAGAAAUGCAAAUAUUUUUGAUGAAGCUAAACAAUAAAUCUACACAACCGAAAGAUUAAAAUCGAAAUGAGAAACGUUGGGAAAGUCUUCUAGAGGAUCAUCCCAAUUCACGUGAAAGAUCGAAAGUCACCACACAGGAGACAGAAAAAUUCCGCAUCUAUAGUGUGAGUGUAAUUAUAACCCGGUAGAUAACAAAAAAAAACACUAAAAUUGAAACUAACUACAACUGAACUAAUAAAACCUAGUGUCGAUAAUCAUGAGUAAACUGUCACCCAUAAAGGUGUAGAUGUACGCUUUAGAUACCAUUUUAGGAAACAGAAAACAUAAACAAACACAAUCGAGAACAGUACGGGGCGAAUAGAUUAUUAUAAACAAUGUUCACCCCUCUUUGGCGGGAUGGGAUGCUUUAAACAUGACCGGAAAUGAAAAAUGGAAAAUGGCAAAUAGAUGCGAGUGGAAAUAUAUAGACAUAUGCAAUCCAGUUGAGGAUAAAUUCUGGUUUUCUUUCGCCGAACACAAGCAGGCUUCGAAGCCCUCGAAUUCACUGUCAAAAAUUCCAUCGAAGACUUGCUAUCAAAAUUGGCUCCCUCUAGCCCAGGCCGGUAUUUAAAAAUUGCAUUUCUUGCGCCAAAUUCAGUGGGGUGGAUUUUUCUACCAAUCGUCUGUAGUUUGCGUAAAAUGAACGACUUUCUGCAGAAUAUUUUGAAUAGUGACAUCAAGGAGCUGAAGGAAGACUUCUCGCUGCACGAGCUGUAUACAGUGGAAGUACCGAGUAACGAGUCUUCACAAACUGAAGCAGGGCUGUCGGGUGCCUUAGUAGCUAGCUCUGCAGCUAUCCGCGAUCUCAACGUGGUACAACUGAAGCCUAUAUCAAUUAGGCCGCAGAAGAAAAAUCCCCAGAUCGUGAACGUAAAGCAAACGUUCCGUUUCCCUAACAACUUCAUCACGAACAAAGACUCGUACCCCGGUGGUACGCGCCGUCCGCUGGCACCCCGCAACAUGUACAGCCAAACCAGCAAAACCAUCAUGGAGAUUUACGAGACCCAAAAGCGAGGCAACGAAAUGCGGAGCUUUCUGUCAACCCAUGCCGACUCACCUUGUCCUGAUAGCGAUUCAGAACCGCAGCUGCAGUCGAAUGAUACGAACAUUUUUCGCAACCGUUGCAAUGUAUCCUACACGGUCAUGGAUACCACAGACAAGAAUGAUUAUCACCUUGGACGCGGUGCGAAACCUGUAGAAAUGGUGUUGAUCAAACCAAAAAGUCAUCGCUCGGUGGUCACUCAAGCAACACCAUAUUUCAUUCAGAAGAAGAAAAGGCCCGGUUCAAAGCGGAAGUAUACGCGGAACGCCAGAUCCAGAGAUUACUACUCGACUGUUCUACGCUCACCGAAGAGGAAAACCAAAUAUCCCGCAUCAAAAAUGGAUGGUGUCGUUUUGGAAGUGAACACCACCAAGGAUUGUUACCAAGAUGACACAUGCAACACAACCACGGAGAGCACGAGCAGUCCGUCUAACGACUCAAUAGAUGACGACUGUUCAAUAUACGGGUCCAUCCAGUUGAACAAAAUUAUCGACAAAAUGCAAGAUAACAUAUGGGAGGUCAACCUACAUGGCAUCUAUGAGUUGAUGGAGGUCGCCGGUCAGGUGAAUUGGAAGAAGUAUGAGAAGCACAUGACCAUUAUCAACAGAAAAAUGAUCGACUUCUUGAAGAGUCCACGAUCUUCACUGUGCCGAUCGGCUUGUCAGGCUACCGGAGAGCUAUUCCGAGAGGCAAAGUCCACCAAACGGCCAGAAUUUGACGAAAUCGUAGACAUUCUGUUGUGUAAAACGGCUGAUCUGAACCGGUUCAUCCAGAAGGAUGCCAACGUUGCAUUAGACAAACUGGUAACAUACAUUCCAAUAUCGCACACGGUGAGAGCCUUGUCCGCCAAGGGUCCCAGUCAUAAGAAUCCACUGGUAAGGACAGCAACAGCAAGACUGCUCGUUUGCAUAUGUGCUCUAUCAGGAUUGGAUCCGAUUCUGGGGACUAGUGCGAAUCCAAGAACAAGAAAGGCGAUUCUCGUUAUUCUUGCUAUAUUCCUCACAGACAAGAAUCUGGAAACCAGAAAAUAUGGCGAACGCCUCUAUAGGAUGCUGCGGAAGCACAAGUUCUUCAACGAAUAUUUUUACAAGGAUAUGGAUAGCAACUGUAAAGCCAAUCUGAAGCGAAUUCUCAAAGAUGUUUGAUGACAAUUAGAAAAUGGA